AUGUCCACCGAAAACACCAUCACGGUGACCCUAUCACAGGUCGCCAAGAUGAUCGACCACUCGCUGUUGCAUCCAACUAUGACUGACGCCGAUACCCUAGCCGGCCUCAGGAUCGCCAGAGACCAUAAUGUCGCAACGGCCUGCGUGAAGCCCUACAUGAUCGAGCUAGCCAAGAAAGAGCUGGCUGGCACCGAUGUGCUGGUUUGUCCGGUCAUCGGCUUCCCACACGGUAACAGCGCCACCGAGAUCAAGGUCCAGGAAGCCACCGCUGCGGCCCAGGUCGGCGGACAAGAGAUCGAUAUGGUUGUCAACAUCGGCAAAGUCCUUGGUAGAGACUGGGAAUAUGUCGCCCGAGAGAUCGACGAGGUCAAUCGUGCCGUUAUGCACCAUGGGGCCAUUCUCAAGGUGAUCUUUGAGAACGAUUAUCUGCAGGCUGAGCAUAUUAUCCGGCUCUGUGAGAUUUGCACGGAGCUCAAAGUUGCCUUUGUCAAGACCUCUACCGGCUACGGAUUUGUCAAGCAGAUGGAUGGAUCCUACAACUACCUUGGGGCAACCGUGUCGGAUAUCAAGUUGAUGCGGAAGAACUCAGGUUCCAAGGUCCAGAUCAAGGCGGCGGGAGGUGUUCGAACUCUGGAUGAUCUUCUUCAUGUUAGGAGUUUGGGAGUGACACGGAUCGGAGCCACAGCAACGGUGGCUAUCUUAGAUGAGGCGAGGAAACGAGGUAUUGGCCAUGAGCCGAUGACGGUGACGUUCAAGCCCAUGCAAGAAAAGGUCGGGGGUUACUAA